UAUUCAGAAGUUAAAAAUCAUAGUGGCUUUUGUCUAAAAUUUUCCGGCAUUCCCAACUUUCCAAACUUCUUAUGAAUAUAUUUUUUAAGCUUUAACAAAUUCUGUACCAAAUUCUCAAUGUUGGGGCCGGAGGUAUUGGACGAGCAGUUUGAAUGCCUGCGUCGCAUUGCAUUGGCCAUUUGUCAGACCCUCGGAAGGCCUAAGGAUCGUGAGAUCUGCCGGAGUACCCUCGACGAGAUGGCCAAGUUCAAUAAGGCGGCAUCGAUCAAGGCCAAGGAGAAUGUGCACAAGUUCAUGGUCUUCUAUCUGAAAGUGCUAAGAUGGACUCAAAAGAAUCAACCGAUUACUAUAUACGAGAAAUGGUACGGCAAGCACUCUGGUAAUGAUUCGUCUUAUCUGGGCGACUCUGAAGAAAUGCGUUGGUUGCAGGAGGGAUCAUCAUUCUUUGCCAUGAAAACUUUUGAAGAUGGAUCCACUAUGGUUUAUACCGCAGUUGCCAAGGAUCCGAAGGCUGGUUGGGCGGAAUUCGGUCUUAAGUCUCUGAUGGAUAUGCAGUACGGUUGUAAAAAAUAAUCUUGUGGAAAAACUCUACAUAGAGGAAUAUAUUUCGGCCGUGGGUGCAUUGCUCGAGA